UAUUGACGACAGACAUCGCGCCUCAGUCGCUAGCUCGGGAUGACAAUUCGUGUAAAUGCGCAGCUCUGCGAACCUGAAAAGAAACCCAAGUACUGUAAAGUGAUGAGACGUACAUAAACGCUGCUAUUAUCAUGGGCGCAAACAGCAGCAGUAUCAGUGAGUUGAAUGGAAAUGAGUACUUACGGGGACUGGCCGGACCUGAUACGAUCAGUGACAAUGAUCCGUUUUGGAAUCAGUUGUUGUCGUUUUCCUUCGUGCCUCCUCAAAGCAGUUCUGAUUAUAGACUACUAGAGGAAGCUACCCAUAAUAUUUGCAAGGCAAUGGCACACAACAACAUCAACAGUGGUAACUUUGGUGCACUUGUGUCUGUAUUCUUGAAAAGAGCAGCAGAGCUGAAAACCUCUACACAGUGUGAAAACAACCUGUUCACAUGGCAAACCUACAAUGCACUGUUCAUAGUGCGGUGCCUGUGCAAGUACUUCAUAGAAAAUAUGAGCGAGGAAAGUGUCAUGAAGCAGUUUAAUGCUUGGGAAAAAACAGCUCAACAAGGAACUCUAGAGGAAGAGAAGGACAAGAAGGAAUCUCUUGUGGACAAGCUACUGAAUGCGCUGGUCGAGAUCAUCGUUGAUGUCCCCGUUGUGAAUUUCACGUACAACAUGACGAUGGAAGCAAUGAAUACGCUCAUCAUUCUAUGCAGUGUGCAGAUCUUCAAAGCCCGUCCCACUGCAAAGUCAACCAUUUUCAGAUAUCUCAUGCAGGGCAAGUGCUCAAUACAUGCCUGUCUCCUGGUGAAGACCUUGUUACAGCACUAUGUGAGGCAGGAGAAGGCUCCAGACGUGUUGCAGACCGGUGGAGGAAGCUAUAUUAUUGGCUUUGGACAGGCUGUCGCUAGUGGCUUGUGGUCCAUGCUCACCCUUGGCUAUGGGAAGGCAUCACCGCAGCAAGAGGAAAGCUUGCGUCUUCCACCACUGUCUAAUCAUAGCCUUCUUCUGUUACUCAUUCUAACCAACCACUGCACGAGUGACAAGAGCCUUCCAAACCCCUACAGACAAGCACUGUUCUCCUUCACUGAUUCUCACGAGCAAGGCGAAGCGUCCGCUCCGCUUCAGGCCGUCGCCACGUUCAAGACGGAGUACGCUCAGCUGUUCGACGGUCUCGCGGCGACGCUGGUCGACGACCAGACGACGCUGCUGCUCUACCUGCUCAUGCACAAGAACCCGCAGUUCAAGAGCUUCGUGCUGUCACGCACGAGUCUCGACGCCAUCGUGAUGCCUAUAUUGAAGAUUCUGUAUGGCAGUCAGGAGAGGAACUCCCAUCAUAUCUACAUGGCUCUCAUCGUCAUCCUCAUUCUGAGCGAAGACGACUUCUUCAAUAAGGCCAUCCACGAAAUUAAUAUAAAGAGCGUGACGUGGUACACCGAGCGUCACAUAUCGGACGUCACCCUCGGCGGGCUCCUAGUGCUGGUGCUCAUCAGAACGAUACAGUUCAACAUGACGCGCAUGCGGGACAAGUACCUUCACACGAACUGCCUGGCGGCACUCGCCAACAUGUCGUCGCAGUUCCAGCGGCUGCACCCGUACGUGAGUCAGCGCAUCGUAGGCGUCUUCGAGACGCUCGCGCGGCGCCACGCCAAGGUGCUGGAGCGCGUGCGAGACUGCGUGCAGCGAGCCGACGGCGAGGACGAGGGCGAGGACGAGGCAGGCGAGCAGAUGCAGGACCUGGCCAUCCUGGAGGAGGUGUUGAGGAUGGUGCUGGAGAUCAUCAACUCUUGUCUCAUGCACAGUCUGCAGCACAACCCGAACCUCGUCUACACGCUUCUCUACAACAAGCAGCUGUUCGCACAGUUCCGAACUCACCCAACGUUCCAGGACAUCCUUCAAAACAUCGACACAGUAUUGAACUACUUCUCCACUAAAUUAGAGGAAGGGGAUAAGAACCUCUCCCCAGAACAAGUGUUAGAAAUCAUACACCAGGGUGCGCUGAAAUGGCCUAGGGACAGGUUAAAGAAGUUUCCGGAGCUGAAGUUCAAGUACGUCGAGGAGGACCAGCCGGAGGAGUUCUUCAUCCCGUACGUCUGGUCGCUUGUCUACCAGUCCUCGGACCUCUACUGGAACCCGACCCUCGUGCAGCUCUUCACGUUACAGACGUAACGAAGGCGUGUUAUGCCCUGAAACCGGGCCUCUGCUGGGUAGUGCUGCCAUCUGGUGUUCACGUUGUGGAACUAAGAGGUGCCAUUGGCAAGUCGGAUGGUUAUCGAACCAUGUGGCGAAUUUGAAAAUGUACGAGACAGAGAGAGGCAGCAGAUAUCCUUAGACUAUUCAGCUUACACAUGCGAAAAAAGUCUGUGAUGACAUGACUAUUGUGCGCUGAGGAUGUACGUCAAGUAUUAUCUAUAUAUCUUACAGCACAGAUCGUGCUGGUAUAGGGCGUACGCAGUGCACGUGUGCCGCCCGGUGGGUCAAUAUAUGCAUGUAAGGCACAGACCGUUAUCUACUUGUAAAUAUACGCGCUGCAAGUUCGCAGUUGUAAUCUUUAAGGGUGAGGGCCAGGUUGUUUACGGAGGAGCGAGUGAGCCGGCAGCGUGGCGUGGGAGAGCUGCUAUGAUAAAAUGGCGUCUUAACCGCAAGGCCGGAUGGAAUGCGUGCCCGGCGCGGCGGCGAUAGCAGCACCGCACGCACACACACGCCUGUGUGCACACCCUAUCAAAUAGCCAUCUCGGCUGAUCGCAUAAUCGAAGCAAUCUUGAGCGUAUAUGCAUUGCAUAGCGCCGCGUGUAAAUAAUGUCUUUAGGGAUGAUUUAGUAGCAUGACGAGUGCUUCCUCUGUCGGUUUCCGGUUGCCCCGGCGACGCGAGAUGCUUGAUGUUGCGGCAGCGAUCGUCGGCGGGAGGGACUAGCGCUUCCCUGCGACACAAUUAUUUCAAUCCGCUGUCGGCGUUUCACGCCUUAAGCUGGGUUUACACUGCCAACUUUGAGUUGCCGAAUUGCCGAAUUGCCGAAUUAGAACAUUUUCUAAUCUCCUAACUAGCUGCUAUCGAUCGGUUGGACGUGCAACUUUUGCGUUUACACUGCUGAUUGUCGGUUGCGAAAUUGCGAAGUUGGUACAAUUCGGUAAUUUACCAACACAAAGGUGGCAGUUGUAAACCUAGCUUUGGACAUGUUUUCAGGAGUAGCGUGAUGAACGGAUUAUGUUGGUGUGCUAGGAUUUUUACUCGUGGUUACUAUAGUGAUUGUUUUUUUCGCUCACGCGGCAUCGUCCUGGUUGCAUGUGUGGCACGAGUAUUGAAAUAAUUGUUCGCUGUAAUAGACCGUAAAUCGAGGUAGAAAUGUAAUCGGAAGUUUUUAUGUAAUCGAUUUCGUUGGAAUUUUUGUUUUAAUUCUCAUCGUUUUUUGUUAAUUGCAAUAUUUAAUGCUUAAUAUUAAUUGCCGGGUGACUAUUUUUUGGCCACUGGAUUUUGCGUGAAGAAACGGAGCUGGUCUUUGGAUUAUGAUAACGGUUGUUACUUGCAUAAUAUAAUGUAACACUAUAAUAUAUGUAAAGAAUAAAUUUUCAUUCAGAUUUA